UUCUGGGCUUGUCCGCUACUCCGCUGCUGCAAAAUGGCGAGUUGAAGGAGUCCUUUCCUUUUGCGUCAUUUGGUGGGAACAUUUUAGGGGGUUUUCUGAGUGCAAAAUUUGUAAUAAAAAUUGAAAUUAGUGUCACAUAAUACAUAUAAAAGUACCUCCUACGGAAUUACACGAUGGGGCGAUUCAGAAGUCGUAGUAGAGAAAGAGAAAGGAGGCGUCGAUCGCGCACUCGAUCUAGGAGCCGAUCACCGCGUGACAGAAGAAACUGGGGAGGCGGUGGAGGAGGAGGCGGCGGCGUCCGUGAUCGCGGAGGAAACAGUCGUGGCGGACGAAAUCAGCCAGGAGCAAAUUUGAAAAAACCUCGAUGGGAUCUGAGUCGUCUUGAACCUUUUAAAAAAGACUUCUAUGUGCCAAGUGAUGUGGUACAAAACAGAGAUCCCCGGGAUGUCGAACAAUAUAGGAGCAAUAAAGAAAUUACAUUGAGAGGACGAAAUAUACCAAAUCCUCUCUUUUCUUUCGAGGAAGCAGGUUUUCCAGAUUACGUUAUGAAAGAAAUCAAACGACAGGGUUUCAAGGAACCUACCUCGAUUCAGGCCCAAGGUUGGCCAAUUGCUUUAAGUGGCCGGGACAUGGUGGGAAUUGCGUCGACAGGAUCAGGAAAAACAUUGUCCUACGUACUACCUGCCAUCGUUCACAUAAACAGCCAGCCCAAGCUCUCACGCAAAGAUGGCCCCGUCGCUCUAGUUUUAGCGCCAACGCGCGAAUUGGCCCAACAAAUUCAGCAAGUUGCAGAUGACUUUGGACACUCGUCUGGCAUUAGAAAUACUUGUUUAUACGGCGGCGCUCCAAAGAAUGUCCAAAUCCGAGAUCUGGAUGGCGGCGUGGAAAUAGUAAUCGCCACUCCGGGCAGACUCUUAGAUUUACUCGAAUCGGGCAAAACAAAUUUAAAGCGAUGCACGUAUCUUGUGUUGGACGAGGCCGACCGAAUGUUGGACAUGGGAUUCGAACCCCAAAUUCGGAAGAUAAUUGAACAAAUUAGACCUGAUAGGCAGACUUUAAUGUGGUCCGCAACAUGGCCGAAAGAGGUUAAAAAUUUGGCGGAGGACUUUCUGAAGGACUACGCUCAAAUUAAUGUUGGCUCGCUGCAGCUUGCAGCUAAUCACAAUAUUUUACAGAUCAUUGACGUUUGUCAGGAUUACGAAAAAGAAUCCAAAUUGAGUACGCUUUUAAAGGAAAUCAUGGCAGAAAACGAGAACAAAACUAUAGUAUUUAUUGAAACAAAGCGAAGGGUAGAUGAAAUCACUAGAAAAAUGAAAAGAGAAGGAUGGCCAGCGGUUUGCAUUCACGGUGACAAAACGCAACAGGAAAGAGAUUGGGUUUUACAAGAUUUCAGGUCCGGUAAAGCGCCCAUUCUUGUGGCUACUGACGUCGCUGCACGUGGUCUAGACGUUGAAGACGUCAAGUUUGUUAUCAACUUCGACUAUCCAUCGUGCUCUGAAGAUUACGUGCAUCGGAUUGGCCGCACUGGCCGUCGCCAAAAAACUGGAACUGCCUACACAUUUUUCACGCCCAAUAAUUCGAACAAAGCUAAUGACCUAAUCCAGGUGUUAAAAGAAGCCAAUCAAGUUAUCAAUCCAAAGCUCCUUGAACUUGCUGACGGUCGAGGCGGAGGUGGCGGUUAUGGUAGACACCGAGGCGGCCGAAAUAGGUGGCGCAUGAAAGGCGGCCGAGGUGAAAGAGAACGCAGUUUUUCAAGGAGUAGAAGUCGCAGCUAUAGUCGCGAGCGAAAUGGACGAGGAAAUCGUCGAAGUUACAGCCGGAGUUAUUCACGCAGUCGCAGCCCUGUUAAUCGAACAGGCAAGUCGUCAGACAGUCCUCGUGGUGAAGGCUCUUCAGUUAAAAAUCCAUCUCCAAUUCCCACUCGACCGUUAGCUCCUUACAUGACCACGGCUCCUCCUCCUCCUCAUUCCACCAAUCAUCCUCCUCCUCCAACCCACUCAACCAAUCAUCCUCCUCCUCCGCCGCCCCAUUCUACCAAUCAUCCUCCUCCUCCGCCCCAUUCUACCAAUCAUCCUCCUCCUCUACCCCAUUCCACCAAUCAUCCUCCUCCACCUUCUCACUCGACCAAUCAUCCACCUCCCCCGCCUACGCCAACUCCAAAGCUCCAACAUAUCCAAAUAAGUAUCCAGCCUCCUCUGCCCCCGUCUCUGCCUCCACCGCCUCCUCCUCCUCCACAAUCCGAAACAAGCGCAGCCAUCCAGAAUCUGCGGCUACAGCAGCAGCAACAGCAGCAGCAGCCGUCUUAUCCACAACAGCCUCCGAAUCUUCGACAGCCACCACCUCUGCCCCGUUACGGACAUCCACCACUUCCGCAGCAGCCACCUCUUCCCUACCAGCCUCCUCUUCCGCAGCAGCCGCCGCUUCCGCAGCAGCAGCAGCAGCCACCACCGCCUCUUCCCCAGCAACCACCGCCUCCACUUCCGCCUCCAAUGGGCCCACCACCUGGCACCCUCCAACACCAUCCCCACCCCCAACAACACCAUCCCCACCACCACCACCUCGCCCACCAUCCUCCUCCUCCCAUGAAUAUUUUGGGUUGUCCUCCUCGCACGAACUUUACCGGGGUUACGGGAAUCGGAGGAGGACUACCUCCUCUGCCGAGGGUGAACUCGAUGAACUUGGGUGGACCUUAUCGUCAUCUCGGGGGUGGGCCACCGCCUCCUAAUAUGAACAUGGCCUCUCCGCCCCCCAUAGGCGGGGGUGGCUACCAGAACGCGUUGCCUCUCUCGCAGUACUACCAGCCGCCUCCGCCACCCAUGCACCCCAUCAAUGGCAUUCAUCAUUACCCUACUGUAGAAAAGGAAGAAAAUAAUCGAUUUCUUAUGUUGGCUCGGGAUUGGUCGACGCAGGAUUGGCCGACUGGGGAUCACGUGGUGCCGUGCCGUGCCCGUUUCCGUCUUCACUCAGCGCCUGUCUGCCAUUCCCUCGGGUUUUCCUGGGUUUUUGGGUUUGAUUGGCAUCAAAGGGAACAAGAGAAGGUAGACUGUGAGUCCUCGAGGCCCAGAGGAAACAGAGAGUUUGGCAAUCGGAAAGGGGGCGGUACGUACUGGAACAGCCAGCAACAGACACAGAACGAUUACGGAUUAAAGAAGUCAAAUCUCAAGAAAAUGCCUGGUGAUCUGUUAAAGAAGCCAAAUUGGGAUUUAACAUCCUUACCCUGUAUACAGAAAAAUCUAUAUGUACCUCACCCAAAUAUAAUGGGUCGUACCGCCGAUGAAGUGGGCAAAUACCACAUAGACAAAGAAAUUACCGUCAAAGGAAACAAUACCCCCUUUCCGAUACAGGCGUUUGAGGAAAGCAACUUCCCGGAUUAUGUAAUGGAGGAAAUCAGGAAGCAGAACUUUUUGGAACCGACUGCUAUUCAGGCUCAAGGCUGGCCUAUUGCUCUCAGUGGUAGGGACAUGGUUGGCAUUGCACAAACCGGAUCUGGAAAAACUUUAGCUUAUAUUUUACCAGCAACUGUACACAUCAACAAUCAGCCCCGCCUAAGUCGUGGAGAAGGUCCAAUUGUGUUGGUCCUGGCGCCGACGAGAGAACUGGCACAACAAAUUCAGACAGUCGCACGAGAUUUUGGCUCCUCGUCGUGCAUUCGUAACACCUGCAUUUUCGGCGGCUCGCCCAAGGGUCCUCAGGCACGUGACUUGGAACGAGGCGUUGAGAUCUGUAUCGCCACGCCCGGAAGACUCAUCGACUUCUUGGAAAAAGGUACGACUAAUCUGCGUAGAUGCACUUAUCUCGUUUUGGAUGAGGCUGAUCGUAUGUUGGAUAUGGGAUUCGAGCCCCAGAUUAGAAAAAUCAUUGAGCAAAUUCGGCCCGAUCGCCAAGUACUUAUGUGGUCCGCCACUUGGCCAAAAGAAGUUCAAGCGCUUGCGGAAGAUUUUCUCACCGAUUACAUUCAGAUUAACAUUGGUUCGCUGAUGUUGGCCGCCAAUCACAAUAUUCGUCAAAUAAUCGAAAUUUGCCAGGAGCACGAGAAAGAGCUCAAGUUGUCGAAAUUGUUACGAGAACUUGGUUGCGAGCGCGGCAACAAGACUAUUAUUUUUGUGGAAACGAAGAAGAAAGUUGACGAUAUUACCAAAGCGAUCAAGCGUGAAGGAUGGUCGGCGAUUGCCAUUCACGGCGACAAAUCACAGCCCGAACGCGACUACGUUCUCUCUGAGUUUAGGAAUGGAAAGACGGCGAUAUUGGUGGCAACUGAUGUGGCAGCUCGUGGUCUGGAUGUGGAGGAUGUCAAGUAUGUGGUCAAUUUCGAUUAUCCCAAUAGUUCCGAGGACUACAUUCACAGGAUAGGAAGAACGGGUCGCUGUCAAAGUGCUGGCACAGCUUACGCAUACUUUACGCCCAACAAUGCGCGUCAAGCGAAAGAAUUGAUCGCAGUCCUCGAGGAGGCAGGGCAGGUCAUCAAUCCUCAACUCGCCGAAAUGGCCAAUUCGCAGAGACAUCAGUACGGCAAGGGCAGGCAACGCUGGAGUCACAGUCGCAACAGCAAGGAGAGCAACUCGAUGGGCAGUCCGCGAAACAAUCACAGUCCGACCUCUUCGAAUGGCUGGCAAAAUCAGCACAACGGUCUCGUCCAACAGAAUCAUAGCCAGAUAAAUGGUCAAAAUAUGCGCCAGCAAAAUGGUUAUCAAAAUAAUGGUGGACAGACUAGCUAUCAGGCCAUCUACCAACAGCAGCAGCAGCAGCAACAACAGCAGAGGCAACCACAACAGCAGCAGCAACAACAGCAGCAGACGCAACAAGCACGCCAGACGAACGGCUACCAUCCAAACAGUGGAUACCAGUCGAAUAGUACCGGAAUUCAAAGCACCUACCAAACUGCCUCUGCGCCGCGAUACCAGAACAGAACCGGCUAUCAAGGAAAUCGUUUCAACAAUCGACAAAACAGUUUCAACGCUGGACAGCAGCAGCAGCAGCAGAGUGGUCAGAGCAUGUACUCGAUGCCGCCGCCAUUCAUGAUGCCUUCCGCUGGACACACCGACAGCAGCAUUCAAAGUCUCGUUAACAACAAGUUCUUCCAGACGAACCGACCGCCACCCGGUCCCAAUGCCUGCGCCUAUCAGUCGAUGGGCUAUGGACAAUUUCAGGCUGUGCCACCUUAUGGAUACCCGUACCCACCAACACCGGUACAACAGUGA